UGGACCAAUAGAAAACGUUAAUGUUAAAGACCCACUUGUGUCAGCCAAUGGUAUUCGUUUUUGUUAACUCAAGUGGGAAGGGCACGUUUGCAGCGUUAUGUGUGGGGUUGUCCAACUCUGGACCGAAUGUGAUAUUGGCAGGUCCACAACCCACACCGUGGACGUUACCUAUUAAUAAACCAUAUAUUUUAAUAACAUUAUAGUUCAGAAAUGGGGGGAAACAGCUCUAGUCACCUUUCGUUUGAAGACGAUGUCGACCGCGGUGUUACUUUUGUGAAGGGCAUUAGGCUAUCAGACAAGGUCAUCAAUCGGAUGAAAGAAUCUGCAGGGUCCGUCUAUCCUUGCACUCGGCCAACCCAACCUGAUCCUGCAGCCCCCAGAACCACACUGACUCCCACAGUGGAACACCUAGUCCCCCUUCAAACACAGUUUUCUCCUCCAUUUAUUGCCACCUUGCCACCAACCCUCCCCCAGGAACCUGCUUCAACCUCAGCCCCUCCUGCCUCCAUCCCACCCGCCCUCGCUACACCAUCUUCAACUCCUGAACCAGCAAAGUUCACCCCACCUUCUCCUGUUAAAUUUCAUGUCCCUCCUCCUCCAAUUGUGGCACUUCCCCCACUUGUAGAACAUGUUGAGGCUGUACCCAAACCUUCCCCUCUUGAGUCUGUACCUAAACCUUUAUCUCACCCAGUUGAAACAGUUGUUCCUAUUACAGUUGUUGAACCUACAACCCCAGCUGUACCCAUACAACAUAUGUGUCCCCCAACUGGAGUUUUUUUGGCUAUUUCUGAACCUGUAGCCCUUCCAGCCCCUCUCCCUGCCCCUGUUGAACCUAUAGUGCCCCCUACCCCAACCCCUGCCCUUGUUGAACCUGUAGUACCCUCUACCCCUGCCCUUAUUGAACCUGUAGUCCUACCGACUAUUGUUGAACCUGUAGUGCUACCUACUAUUGUUGAACUUGUAGUCCUUCCUACAGUUUCUGAACCUGUAGUUCCACCAACUAUUGUUGAACCUGUAGUCCUACCCACUAUUGUUGAACCUGUAGUACUGCCUACUAUUGUUGAACCUGUAGUCCUACCCACUAUUGUUGAACCUGUAGUACUGCCUGCUAUUGUUGAACCUGUAGUCCUACCCACUAUUGUUGAACCUGUAGUACUGCCCGCUAUUGUUGAACCUGUAGUACUGCCUACUAUUGUUGAACCUGUAGUACUGCCUACUAUUGUUGAACCUGUAGUCCUACCCACUAUUGUUGAACCUGUAGUACUGCCCGCUAUUGUUGAACCUGUAGUACUGCCUACUAUUGUUGAACCUGUAGUCCUACCCACUAUUGUUGAACCUGUAGUACUGCCCACUAUUGUUGAACCUGUAGUCCUACCCACUAUUGUUGAACCUGUAGUCCUACCGACUAUUGUUGAACCUGUAGUCCUACCCACUAUUGUUGAACCUGUAGUCCUACCGACUAUUAUUGAACCUGUAGUCCUACCAACUGUUGUUGAACCUGUAGUCCUACCGACUGUUGUUGAACCUGUAGUCCUACCUGCAAUCCAACCUACAACCAUGGAACCUGUUGCAGCCCCAAACCCCUCCUCUCUCCCUGCCCCUGUUGAGCCAGUCAUUUCCUCUGUUGUUGAAUCUGUAGUCUCGCCCUCGCUAGAACCUAUUAUUCUACCAAUCCCUUCCGUUGUUGAACCCAUUGUCCGGUCUCCCGCUAUUGAGCCUGUAGACUUACCUUCACCGAUAGAACCCCCAUUUUCACAUAUGACUCUACCUUCACCUCCACCCCCUACAGAAGCGGUUGACCUCCCAACACCCCCUACACCGGUAGACCCUGUGUUUAUUGCUGUUUCUCCACCCACUGCUCAACCCCUUCCUCCCCCACCUGCUGAGCCUAUGGCUCCACCCCCUGCUACCCGAGUAGCAGCACCUCUACCAGAGCCUGACAUGGAGCCUAUGGUGCUCCCUCCCUCAUGUCACUCUAUGGCGGUCGCCACCCUGCCUACUGAAUCCCCCAUAGGUGAGACCCAGGUUCCCCCUCCACCAACAGAGUCUAUGGUCCCCUCCCCAAGUGUAGAGUCCGUGAUCACUUUCCCAGUACCCCCAAUCAUCGAGGAAGUGGCCCUUGUAGUGAUCCCAUCCCAGCCCGCAAUAGUGGACGAAGAGGAGCUGAGAAGAUCAAUCCAAGAGAAGCUGGUGAAAGGCUUUGAGAAAGAGAUGAGCCAGAGGCAACUGGAGCUUCGCCAACAACUGGAGGAGGUGCAGGCCCAGGCCAGAGCUAAGGCUCAGCUGGCAGCCCAACUCCAGAUCCAGGAGCAGGUCAAGAAGACUCUGGAGCUGGAGCAGGCAGCCCAGAGAGAGACCAUGAAGGAGGCCAUCAUGAAGGAACGCAUGAAAACAGAGGAUGAAAGGCUCAUGGCCCAGCUCUACUGGAUGGAACUAAAGGCCCAUAAACUAGACGAGAAAGAAAAGGAGCUGAAAAAGCAGGACAUUCUCUUCAGGGAACAUGUUGCCAAGCUUGAAGAGAAGAAUUCCCAGUUCUACAAAGUCACCACUGAAAACUUCCAGCAAGGCUCAGCUGACACUCACAGCCGUUUUGCACGUGUUAAUAUUCAGCCAGUUUGCAGUGACCUGCAAAGUCAGAUCCUCAAGUGCUACAGGGAGAACACAGGACAGACCCUCUCCUGCUCCAGCAUCGCAUCUGCUUACAUGCAGUGUGUGGACAACGCCAAGCAGACUAAGUUAAGCACUGGAGGGUAAUCUCAGGGCCAUGUGUCAGGAGAGCCUUAUCAAUUCACCAAUGGCAUUACUGUUAGACCAAAGGGUAGGAGAACGGCGACAUUAUCCACAUUCACCAAAGUCAAUUUGAACAGCCCAGAGACAGGGCUCUGCAGUGGGAGACUGAAGCCUGCCUCUUGAGAGAAAUUGAGGUAAAAUGGCAGAAUUGGCUACCACACUACAACAUCAUGUGGAACAUGUUCUCUACUGUAGACUCAUGUUUCUUGUACGGGCCAGAACACACAAAUCCAAUGGAAAAUUAAGUGAUUCUGUUAUCAUGUUCAACAGUACAGUUUAAAAUGUACUUUUUUUGCAUUGUUUAAUGAAUGGUGACGACUUGUGCCUUAAUUGUCAUGAUACAACUUUAAUUUCCCAUUUUAAGAUACAGUAAUAUGUCCCAGAAAUGCAUAUAUUUGUGUAUUGUUACAUAAAGUUUGGUAUGAACUAAUGUAAACCAACUUGGUCAGCACUGAUCGAAUAUGAAAGAAAUUAGGCAUUGUCUGGUAUUUGAUCUUUGUUUCCUUUGGGAGAAGAGGAAUAAAAUUGUCUAAAUAAACUACUGUAAAACCUGA